ACUAAGCGGGGGCGGUCGCGCAUCAGGGCCGGGCCCCUUGAUUUCCUCUGCCUGGGUGUUCAUUUUGCUUUUCCGGACACAGCAGUGAAAGAAGCCCAGCAGCCUCGGCUCAGUGAAGCAUUUUAGGGGCACUUGCAGGGUGUUUCGAGAGAGGUCAGCAGUGACAUCCUUUCCCGGUACAGCGUGCAUCUUUCAGGAGCAGGGUUCCUGGCUCCUAAUGAGCGUUCAGGACACCUUGCCUGCUCUGAUACUCAGUUCGUUACCAACGAUUUUCAGCUUUCCUCAGUCUUUGGGAAAAGAGCGGCGCCGGAGGAAUUUGUUUUGCUCCUUCAAGACUCGGGAGGAUGAAAGUCAUUACUUGCGAAAUAGCCUGGCACAACAAGGAGCCGGUGUACAGCCUGGACUUCCAGCCCGGCGCGGCCGGCCGGAUCCACAGACUGGCGUCUGCGGGCGUGGACACCGCGGUCAGGAUCUGGAAAGUGGAGAAAGGACCCGAUGGAAAGGCCAUUGUUGAAUUUUUGUCCAACCUUGCUCGCCAUACCAAAGCGGUCAAUGUUGUGCGUUUUUCUCCAAAUGGGGAAAUUUUAGCAUCAGGAGGAGAUGAUGCUGUCAUUCUGCUGUGGAAGGUGAAUGAUAACAAGGAGCCGGAGCAGCUCGCCUUUCAGGACGAGGACGAGGCUCAGCUGAAUAAGGAGAACUGGACUGUUGUGAAAACCCUGCGGGGCCACUUAGAAGAUGUGUACGAUAUCUGCUGGGCAGCUGACGGGAAUUUGAUGGCUUCUGCCUCUGUGGAUAACACAGCCAUCAUAUGGGACGUUGGUAAAGGACAAAAGAUCUCCAUCUUUAAUGAACAUAAAAGUUAUGUCCAAGGAGUAACCUGGGACCCUUUGGGUCAGUAUGUUGCUACCCUGAGCUGUGACAGGAUCCUGAGGGUAUACAGCACCCAGAAGAAACGUGUGGCUUUUAAUGUCUCAAAAAUGCUGUCUGGAAUAGGGGCAGAAGGCGAGGCGAGAAGUUACCGGAUGUUUCAUGACGACAGCAUGAAGUCAUUCUUUCGUCGACUGAGUUUUACUCCUGAUGGAUCUUUGCUCCUCACACCAGCUGGAUGUGUGGAAUCUGGCGAAAACGUAACAAAUACGACUUAUGUUUUCUCCAGGAAAAAUCUUAAAAGGCCUAUCGCUCAUCUUCCAUGUCCUGGCAAAGCGACGCUUGCUGUCCGCUGCUGUCCCGUCUACUUUGAGCUGAGGCCCGUGGUGGAACAAGACGGACCCUCGCAGGAGCCGGGCGUGGAGCUGGUGCACCUGCCUUACCGCUUGGUGUUUGCUGUGGCUUCCGAGGACUCGGUGCUCUUGUACGACACCCAGCAGCCCUUCCCGUUCGGCUACGUGUCUAACAUACAUUAUCACACCCUGAGCGAUGUGUCCUGGUCCAGUGACGGGGCCUUCCUGGCCAUCUCCUCCACGGACGGCUACUGCUCCUUCGUGACGUUUGAGAAGGAUGAACUUGGAAUACCUUUGAAAGAGAAGCCGGUUCUAAGCGUGAGAACUCCCGACACAGCAAAGAAAUCGAAAAGCCAGGGGUCUUCGCCAGGACCCAGGCUGGCGGAGGGGACCCCCACCGGCAGAAUCCAAGACCCCAGCAGUCCCGGCACACCCCCGCCUCAGGCGAGACCAUCUCCAGCCCCCGCAGCGCCUUCAGAGGAGAAGAAGGCCCUGCAGCCUAGCACUCAAAACCCGAGAGCGCCCCCAUCCCGGAGGGUCACUGUGAACACGCUGCAGGCCUGGAGCAAGACGACACCCCGGAGGAUAAACUUAAUACCCUUAAAGACAGAUACUCCACCGCAUUCUGCACCAGCCAGUGUAAUUUCCAGCCCUUCCACAGAAGAAAUUCAGUCAGAGAUGCCCGGAGACCCUCAGGGCAGCCCUCCGGAGCUCAAGCGGCCUCGACUUGGUGAGCGCGAAGGAAGUCCCCAAGGUCUGGACCCUUGAUGAGACCUGCCUGGUGCUUGAGGCCUGCCAGGUCCAGGGACCCCCGUGUGCACGGCGCGGGUGGCCGGGCCGGAGACACCGGAGACUAGCGGCGUUAGGCGGAGCCUGACGGACACCCGGGGACUGACUUGUGUAACAGAAGGUACACAGGGACCAGUUUUCCUGCAGAACUAUGUUUGCUCUUGUACUCAAGAUACAUUUUUACCUCGGCCUUGGGAACAUUUUAAUAGACUAAAUCCUCUUUUUGAUGAGUUUCUGAAGCUGGAACAGUUCCACGUUAUCUAGUGUGAAACCGUGAAUCCUCCCUCGAAAAUUUGUGAAAGUUGAGACACAACACGGGCGGACUCCUCCUGACGCCGGAAUGAGAAAGAGGAGAAAGGUGUUUGAGAAGGUUUAUUCCGUCGAACUGACCUUCUGUGUAGUUGAUUUUUAGGAGUGAGUUUGCUAGUUUGCUUGCUGAUUCUCAAGGUAGACUUGUUCUGGAAAGUUAGGAAGUGAGAAUAAAGUAGGGAAACCGGGUCAGAGAUGGGAUUCCGUGACCAUCAGAAGGAACCUGGUUGCUGUUCAAGCAUAUUUAUUUCCUUGCCUUUUUUUCCCUUAGGGAGAGAAUUGAGAUUUCACUUUAGCUACAGCUUGGUAUCCAAAUAGAUUGACUUUUCACAUUGAUUUUUCAGAGUAAAAGAACUUAGCAAUUU